AUGGGCUCAGUAGAUCCGGCACGCAUUGAUCCAUUUAGGCUUCUUCUAAACCAACAAAGCGGCGAACUAAGGCAUGAUAAUCUGAAAAGUUUAGUAUUUAUUUGUGGAGACCAUAUCCCUGGCGGUCAACGAGAACAAAUCUCAUGCGGCUGGGAGUUGUUCAGUCUACUUCGUCAACAAAACAUGAUCGGAGGAGAACCGAGACAAGUAGCUUACUUGCUUAGGAUUAUACAGCAAAUGAAGCCUGGACGAAAGGAUUUGGUGCAUAAAGUCAAGGGGUACAUUGAAUGCACCUAUGAAGAAUCAGAGAAGCAAAUGAUAUUAAACGAGGUGGAAUCUAUCCCUAAAAGCCCAUCCAGGCAGUUGCCGUCUUCUCCGCCAGCCUCUGCUGAGUGCUGUAAUGUUCGCUGUGGUUGUUUCAGCUGCAAUUGUGAUCCUUGCUGCAGUGGUUCUUGCUGCUGUGUGAUCGUGGCAAUUUUGAUGAUAUUCUUUGGAGUCACGGCCGCGUUGUUGUGGUACACAAAUGUUUUUCCCGAAGUCUCCAAACAUCUAAAUUCCAUCUCCAAUGAAAAUUUGGCGCAUGCAGGAUAG